CCCCACUUGACGUUUUCGACGCGUCCGGACGAAAAGCCUGGGAGCAGCAGCACUCACGCUGUGCUUGGCGAGACGCGCUCAGACUGCUCAACCACGCGCAGUACAUCUGUACCAACGCCAUCACUCGGUCUUUGACGACGAGCACGCCUCGAAACGCUGCGCAUCGCUCUCUAGCUGAGAGAGCAGCAAGCACAGUCAGCACCACUGACUGAAGACACGGCGCGCACGGCCCUAGCCCUCCUACUCACGCGGCACACCAUAGCCCUCGCACCGCGCAACGUACGAACCAUGGGCGUCCCCAUCCUCGAGUCCACGGACAUCAAAGCGGGCGACUCGGAGACGUUGGAUGAUAAGGCGAUGGCAUUUGCUGGGGAGUGUCUGAGAAAAGUCCAACAGGGUGGCGCCGAGGCCGUGGCCGAGUACGCUCAGAGGUUUGGGGAAUUAACCGAGGGCCAGUCCGCCGUCGUGCAGAAAGCCGAGCUCAAGGCCGCUUAUGACAGCUUGGAUAGAAAAGAUAGGGAAUGCUUAGACAGGGUGGCAGCUCGGGUCAAGAAGUUCGCCACCUGUCAACGAAAUUCCAUUAAAGAUAUGGAGACGGACAUCCCCGGCGGGAAGGCGGGGCAUACGGUGUCUCCGGUGGACGUCGCCGGGUGCUACGCUCCUGGUGGGAGAUACCCUCUGCCCUCCUCCGUCAUCAUGACGGCGGCGACAGCAAGAGCUGCCGGCGUCAAGAAGGUUGUGGUCGCGUCGCCGAAGCCUCUACCCGUGACACUUGCGGCCGCGUACGUCUCUGGAGCGGACGUCAUGCUGCGCAUCGGCGGCGCGCACGCCAUUGCCGCGUUAGCUACUGGUGCUUAUGCUGGCGAGGGCGCGCCGCGCGCGGACGUGAUCUGCGGCCCGGGUAACGCGUGGGUGACGGCCGCGAAGGCGUGCUGCGCGACCCAUGCUCGAGUCGGUAUUGAUAUGUUGGCCGGGCCUUCCGAGGUGUUGGUGGUCUGCGACGAGACGGCGGACCCCGAAGUGGUCGCCUCUGAUAUGCUGGCCCAGGCGGAGCACGACGUCGUCGCGAGACCGAUUCUCGUAACUUUCUCCAAGUACGGCAAGGCCACGGCACUCAAGCACAUCCACGCCGUCAACGAAGCCUUGGAUCGGCAGUUAGAAGUAUUACCUACAAAAGCCGUGGCCGAGCCCGCGGUCAAAAGGGGCUUUGCCGUCGCGUGCAAGGACGUCGAGGAGGCCAUCAGGGUGUCGGACGCCGUCGCCCCCGAGCACUUGGAAGUGAUCUGUCGAGAUGAAAGGACGAUCUCGAAGCGCAUGAACCACUACGGGGGCCUGUUCAUCGGCCGAUGUGCGGCCGAGGUGCUCGGCGACUACGGGAUCGGCCCGAACCACACGUUACCGACCUCGGGCACGGCGCGCUACACGGGCGGUUUAUGUGUCAACGACUUCCUGCGCAUCCGCACGUGGAUGCGUGUGGAUGAUAAAAAAGAAGCACAAGUCGCGGUCGAGGACGCGGUCCGGCUCGCGCGCAUCGAGGGCCUCGAGGGCCACGCGCGCGCGGCGGAGCACCGUUUGGGUGGGGACGAGCCCGCGGCCAAGAAGGCGAAGAAGUAGUCGCGGCGGCGACGGGUUUCCCGACGGCGCGGGCGCGCGCGCCAAUUGAUAACGAUAAUGAUAGUGACAAAAAAACCGCAGGAGGGCCGGGGGAAGCAGGGAGG